ACGACUUCCCUCUUCGCACAAGCCACCAUCGCGUUUACAAGCGUAUAUCAGCAGUAGGAUUCGUGGAGGGAAAUUAUGAGUGUAAAGAAGAGUAAACUUGACCUGUUGGUUCGAGUCCGAUACUCGAAUCCCCUACCAGCUCCGCCAUGUCCCCCGAAGCUCUUGGACAUUCCAACCAAUCCUAUGCGCUAUGCGCGACCAGAAUUUUUGAACGACAUCGCAAAUGACACACCUCUACCCAUGAUAGUCGACGCGGAGAUGGGCAUGCCGCUUGACCUCAGUCAAUUUGAAUGCCUGUGGGACGAGAAUAUGGAUGAUUCUGAACUCAACCCCGACCCCAAUAAUGUGCCUCCAGCUGAUCCGAGAGACCAAUUCCUACUCGAUACAAGUACUGGUCCAUAUAUAACCAAUGGUUUCUCGACUCCUGGGUCUGGCGCUGCUACACCAAUAUCUGCGGCCAUACCAAAUGUCACUUGGCUACGGAGGACUGAAUACCUCACUCGAGAAAGUGUUUCGCGCGCCGCAACGGCACAAGAACCGAAACAUACGGACCUCCCUAUCGAUGUCACGCGGUCUGCGCAAUUGCGAGAUAUCGAAGCUUCAUUUGCUGCGACCGAAGACUUCGACCUCACAUCGCUGAAGCAUCCGAAUAAACCUGGCGUUACCGCUGCUGAAUCAUACGAAAUUUUCCCAGAUGCUGGAAUAUGGGCAAAUGCAUACGACUUAUUCCGAUUCUCAGAACGCCCAGGGGAACGACCUCCAGAUGUUGAGGACCCUCGAUUGGAUUGUGCUAUCCUACGGCCAAUGGAGUCGGACGGCGAUCACUUCCUGGCGUACUACCUGACAAAAGAAGACGAAGCUGCAAUUGAAUUCAAACGGGAACGUCUAAAUCGCGAUCCAGAGGCGCCUGAGGAAGAGGAGCCAACGAACUUUCACUUUGUCCGCGACUACGAAGUCGUCAAAGUCGAGCAAGAGGUUCCCAAUGAAUUCCUUCUCGUCAUUCACGAUGGCGAUGAUAAUAUCAAGGAUGAAAAUAUUAAGGAUGAAGAUAUCAAAGAGACCCUGAAAGCGAAACCCAAGAAGCAUCGCGAAAGGGGAGCAUACUACAAGAACAUUGAACGGAAGAUGUUGCUCAAGAAGAAACGGCAAAGUACCUUCGAGGCGUACGUGGAUAAAUGGGACGUUGUCAAGGUCACACACGUACCUAUGAGCAAGGAAGAAGAAGAUGAGCGCGAGGAAGUACUCGCAGAAGUCAUGGACCCUAUGUACCUCUUGGGCCGUGCAGAUAUGGAUGCGGAAGGAGAGAUUGAAACCGAGGAACACGCUUCAAGUCGACCUGAAGGCGGAGGGGAAAACGGGAUUGGGUUUGUGGAUGCCGUAGAUGUUUUCGUAUUGGUUCAUUCGUGUGCCUCUUGAGUCUUGAGCUGGUAUUUGUUUUUGGAAUUUCAAUUUUGAAAUUAAUUAACAUCUUGUUAAUCGUUAUUAUAUUUGUCCAUAAUAACACCAGAUAGUCUAC